UGUUGCCUCCUCUUGCUAUCCAUUAGCUGUAGCCCAAGCACCCAAGUGUUUUGAAACCCUCCAGCACUCUGUGUCUCCUCGCCUGUCAGAAUGUCUGGAUGUGGAAAGAAACAAGCAGUGGCUGGCAGCCCUGGAAGUGGAGCAAAGAAAAGCAAGUCGUCCAAGGCAGGUCUGCAGUUCCCUGUGGCCCGUGUCCAUAGGCUCCUGCGGAGAGGGAAGUACGCCGAGAGGAUUCGCUCUGCCGCUGCCAUCUGCCUGGCUGCAGUGAUGGAGUACAUGGCAGCAGAGGUGCUGGAGCUGGCAGGGAACGCUGCGCGUCAGGACAGGAAGAUGAAGAUCCUGCCCAGGCACAUUCAGCUGGCUGUGAGAAGUGAUGAUGAGCUGAACAAGCUCUUUGCCUGUGUGACCAUUCCUCAAGGUGGGGUUAUGGCAAAUAUCCUUUCUCAGCUUCUUCCAAAGAAAUCUAGUGGAAGUGUUGCUUCUUCUCAAGAAUAUAGUGGCAGCCAGUGAAACUUGUUCUUCCUGGUCUGGUCUGUGCACUUAUGGGGGCUCAGU